AUGCUUCUCCUACUGUACUUCCUUAUAUGGUGUUGCGAAGCGCAAAAAGUGAUCAAAGUCGGAUUAUUAUUCACAAAAGACGUUCAAAAUAUGCUCAUUGCUGCCGGCUAUCGAACAUCGGCCGGUGCUGUUCUGAUUGCGAGAGAUCGAAUUCGAGACGAGAACAUUCUGCCUGGCUACGACUUUGAAUUCGUUUACCGAUUUGACGAAUGCGUUGAGCAUUUGGCGAUGGGAAAAGCGAUUGAGCUGAUUGAGGAUGAAAAAGUCGACAUGAUCAUUGGACCGACAUGCAAUAAGGCUGGAAGAGCUGUGGCCGCCAUCGGCUCAUACUACAACAUUCCCGUGUUUCAAUGGGCUCUUGCCACAUCUGCGGACCUUGGAAACUUCAAACGAUAUCCAACCACCGUCACUUUAACAAUAAACAGCUAUAAUGUUGCGCUGGCUCUUCGCGACGUCAUGCUUCGCUUCAAUUGGUACGAAUUUGUGUAUGUCUAUUCAGAUGAUGGCGACGCCGAGAAAUGCGAUACACUCGGAACCGACAUCAAUUCACUACUCGCUGAAACCGAAAAUCUCACAAUGUCGUAUUUGUACAAAAUCGAGACAAUGACGAUGCCGAAUAUCCGAAGAGCAGUUCGAGAAAUUGCGAAACGAGGACGAAUUGUGGUCGGAUGCUUUGCCGCCGGUUUCGGCUUCAGGAAAGCGUUCUUGUCGGCCGUUUAUAAGGAAGGGGCGUUCAGCGAUGAAUUCGUCUACAUAUUUGCAGAAACCAAGUCAAGAGGGUUUUAUAUUGACGAACUUGGCGGCGGUGUGCAUUUCGCAUGGGAAGAGAAUAGCACAGUGGAGGAUGAUACGAUGACUGUCGAGGGAGCAAAGCGAGCCUACUAUCGUGUCAUGUUUCUGUGCGAUAAUAUGGGACUUCCUCUCGUUUGGACGGAUUAUUUCACCAAUUUUACAAAGCAAGUCGUCGCCCGAAUUAGGGAUCCUCCUUUCAAUUGUGUCGAUGACUGUUCAAGCUCAAACUAUUCUGCGAUGGCAACAUAUGCUGGCCAGCUAUUUGAUGCCCUUUAUUGCUACGCAUUGGCUUUGAAUCGAACCAUUGCCAAAAAUGGUCCGAACUUUGAUUAUAAGAAUACCAGCGAGAUUCUUAAGAAUAUUGGAAUGACAUUCACUGGUGUCGGCGGCGAUGACGUGCAGAUAAGCGAAACUGGCGGACGAGCUGGUAAGAUUUACAUGUUCGCCCUCAAUGAAUCACGCUUACCGGAGGUUAUGGCGGUCACUUCGAUCAAUAAUUCCGGCGUGUUUUAUUUGCCAUAUUACUCGGAUGAAUCUGAGCUUUGGAGAAGCGGCAUAAGGCCAUUGGCGGUUCCAUUAUGCGGUUUUCUAGGGAAUGAGUGUCCGGUGAACCUGUUUCGAGAUUACCUCGCGAUUGUUAUAAUUGUGAUCGUUGUUAUCGUUCUUCUGAUUCUUGCGGCCAUCUGCGGCGUGUUGUAUACUUUCCACCUCAAAAAACAAGAAAUUGCUAGGCAAGAUUUGAUUUGGCAGAUUCAAAACGCAGAAUUGCAGAAAAUUAAAGCAAAGUCAAAAGCCGAAGCCAGCGUUCAUUCAUUUGCUAGCGGACCAUCGACAUCGACAAAAUUGACAAUUGAAAGCAAAAAUGAGAAUGAUCAUUUCGAGUAUUUCGCGUUUCAGCAAGAAAUAGUUGCCGCGAGACAUUAUGAAAUCAUAGUGGAACUUGGGAAGGAGGAGAAACAACAUUUAAGAUCGCUGUGCAUUUUGGACCAUGAUAACAUCAACAAAUUCAUUGGGCUUUGUAUGAAUUCACUGAAGCCAAUGUCAAUAUGGUCCUAUUGCUCGCGUGGAGCUCUUGCCGAUGUUAUCACACAGAGUUCAAUGCAGAUGGAUGGCUUCUUUGUGUUUUCGUUGAUUCGAGAUAUUGCCAAUGGCAUCGGCUAUAUCCAUUCAUCAUUCCUUCAAUGUCAUGGUAGAUUAUCAUCAAGGUGUUGUCUAAUCGAUGAGCGUUGGCAAAUCAAAAUCUCCGAAUAUGGUCUCGACUUUUUCACGAAACAUGAGAAACUUCCCAAAAAAGGUCAACUACUAUGGGUGGCUCCAGAAUUUCUUCGCAAUGACUCGUCGCCAAAAACCAAAGAAGGCGAUAUUUAUAGUUUUGGGAUCAUUUGCUCGGAGAUUGUUUCGAAAACCUCGGCCUAUGAUAUGGAGAAUCGGCGAGAGAAAGUCGAAGAAAUUAUCUAUUUGGUGAAGAAGGGAGGAUUCAACGCGAUUCGACCUGAACUAAAGGUUGAUGAGAAUGUGGACUUGAAUCCGGCGUUGCUUCAUUUGAUUCGAGAUUGUUGGACCGAGAAACCGUCGGAACGUCCAACAAUCGAGCAAGUCAAAUCAUUGCUCAGAGGAAUGAGCGAUGGAAGAAAAGCAAAUCUAAUGGAUCAUGUGUUCAAUAUGCUUGAGACCUAUGCAUCAACACUAGAAGAUGAAGUAUCCGAGAGAACCAAGGAAUUGGUGGAAGAGAAGAAGAAGUCCGACGUGUUGCUUUAUCGAAUGCUGCCAAAAGCUGUUGCCGAUAAGCUCAAGCUCGGCCAAACCGUCGAGCCGGAGACAUUCGAAAUGGUCACCAUAUUCUUCUCCGAUGUCGUUAAAUUCACAUUGCUCGCCUCAAAAUGCAGCCCGAUUCAAGUUGUGAAUCUGGUCAAUGAUUUAUACACAAUGUUCGAUGGGAUCAUUGAGCAGCAUGAUGUGUAUAAGGUGGAAACCAUUGGCGACGGCUACCUUUGCGUUUCGGGACUCCCGCAUCGGAAUGGAAAUGAGCAUUGCCGUCAUAUUGCUCGCCUGGCUCUUGGAUUUAUGUCAAGUCUGGACUUCUUCAGAAUCCCGCAUCUUCCUGGAGAACGAAUCAAUUUAAGAAUCGGCCUCAAUAGCGGCUCCGUGGUUGCGGGAGUAGUGGGUCUUGCGAUGCCGCGAUUCUGCUUGUUCGGAGAUGCAGUGAACACGGCGAGUCGAAUGGAGAGCAACGGGAAACCUGGCAAAAUUCACAUAUCCGCUGAGGUCAACCAUUUGCUGACAAAAGUCGUCGGCGGAUUCGAGACGGAAUCGCGUGGCGACGUCAUCAUCAAAGGGAAAGGGGUGAUGGAGACAUUCUGGCUUCUCGGCGAGACGGGAUCGACGAGCUAUCAAGGGAUCAUAAAAGAGGCGAAAUCGGAGAGCCCGCGAAGUGUGACACCGAGAAUGAGCAGCGCUGAGCCGAUUGGAAUGUACACUGAUUUCAAAAGCACGAUGUGUCCGACGAGAUUCUGCGUCGGAACCCGAUCGGCUGAUGUGAUUGUGGACGAGAUGGCAGGAAUGGACGAGUACGGAUCAACUCAAAUAUCGUUUGGAUCAAACGCUACCCUCUUCAAGAUUGAUAUUGAAGAAAAACAAAGAUGCGAGGGGCUUCGCAAGCACCUGAAUUGCGUCAACAUCGCCCGAAUGGUCCUCCUCCAUUGUCGUCAUCGAUUCUGCUAUGAUUGUCUCGCGGAAACCAUCAAGUCGGCCAGCGAUCACAGUAUUCGAUUCGAUCGAACUCAAAUCUCUCAAUUGAUUGCUUCAGAAUCCGUUCCGCAUUGUCCGCUUCGACGGUGCGCCAACACGAUAUCAUUCACUGAAGUAAAUCGAAUUUGA